UAGAAAUAUAUUCUUGGGCCCUAGAAGACCAUACUUGACUAGAUUUGGUACAAGGAAGUGACUCUUUUGCUUUUUCUUCUUUUUAAAGUUUUGGAAGAUUAUACUUGAUCAGUAUUUGGUACAGGGAGAUGGACUUGGUCAUAUAUAAGUAAACAUGCCCGAGUACAUAAUGCUGCAAGAUCCUCAAUCUUCUUUCUGUUUCUUCCAUGGCUCCUGAACUUAGUCUUCUCCCAUCAACAAUGUCCCAGGAAAGUGAAUUACCCACAGAAAAUAUUGGGGCCUUGAAGAAAAGAAUGUUUAAGAAAGCCAUGGCAGGACUUUGGGAAGAUGUCGUGGCGAACUAUGCAAAUCCAUUGGCUCAGGAAAUGACGAUUACUAAAUCAGGAGACACACUAUUACAUGUAGCGGUUUCUGAUGGUCAAGUAGAGACGGUGCAGAAGUUGAUUGAUCUAAUUUCGAAGGAAAAUUUGUUAAGGGUCUUAAAGAUUGGAAACCAUAGAGGGAAUACACCACUUCAUUUAGCAGCGACAUUGGGUAGUGUAGAGAUGUGUGAAGCAAUUGCAGAGAAAAGUUGUUGUUUGAUAGGAGUUCGAAACUAUGAUAGCGAGAUACCACUGUUCUUAGCUGCUUUACAUGGGAAAAAACAAGCAUUUCUCUCUUUACAUUCUUUUUGUGAACAUAGUGAUUACUCUUACUCUAGAAGGAAUGAUGGGGAAACCAUACUACACUGUGCAAUCAGAGGAGAAUACUUUGACUUGGCGUUCCGUAUAAUCGGACUAUACGAGCACCUUGUUGACAACAACAACGAGAAGGGUCAUUCACCACUUCACCUUCUUGUUCUUAAUCCUUCAGCGUUUAAAAGUGGAAGCCGCCUUGCAAGAUUUGAUCUAAUCCUCUACUACUGUAUAAUUUUGGAUCAGCUCACUCCGAAUAAGAGCUACAAUUAUAUCUCGCAAAGAAUUGUUGCUAGUAGAGAAAGUUGUCCUACUUACAGAAAGUACUGUCCUGAAAACUACAGAACUUGCCUCACCUUAUUCAAAUUCUUCAAGCAACUUAUUCUUGUCAUAGUUAGUCGUAAACAAGUAAGGGAUUCCCAUGGAGGGGAUACAGAGAACCCACAUCAAGUGAAACAAAAGUCUUCCAGUAGAACACUGAGUGAGCAGCAAAAUGAUGAACAGAAAAUCGAGAUAAAGAAAAACAAAAGGUUUUUGAGCUAUGGGGCAUUGGACCCGCGUCAUCAUUUGUAUCCCCCCAACUAUACUACUUGCUUCAACUUCUUCAAACUCGCUAUGAAGGCAUUGUCAAUUUUUCUUGGAUUAGGAUUUAUAAGGGUGAGGAAAAUCAAAGAGAAGAAAGAGAAACAUACAUGGGCAGCACAAGUCAUGGAAGAACUUGUUGAAAGAGCUUCCGUUUGGGAGUAUGAAAACAAUGGAGUAGACCCACACAGACCAUUUACUGAUGAAGAAACCACGGCCUUUGAUGCUGUGGCCACAGCACAUGCAGUUCGAAAUAAUGAUGCUUCAUCAUCUGAUUCCGGUGAUCGCAGAGCUAGAAAAAAGAAAGCCAAGAAGAGAAGAGGGAUUGUUGAGACUCCGAUACUAAUUGCAGCCAAGAUGGGGGUGACAGAGAUGGUAGAGAAAAUUUUAGAUAAAUUUCCUGUGGCAAUCCAAGACAUCAACUCGGAGCGGAAAAAUGUUGUGUUAUUAGCUGUGGAGAACAGGCAACCCCAUGUCUAUCGACUAUUACUGAAACGGAAAAUCCUUCUAGAGAGUGUCUUCCGUAAAUUAGAUAUCAAAGGGAACAGCGCAUUGCACCUUGCUGCAACUCUAGGAGAGUACAGGCCUUGGCUUAUUCCUGGUGCUGCCUUGCAAAUGCAAUGGGAAAUCAGAUGGUACAAGUUUGUUAAAGAAUCCAUGCCAAGAAAUUUCUUUGUACGUCAGAACAACAGAGGGAAAUCACCAAAACAAGUAUUCACAGAAACACAUUCAGAAUUAGUUAAAGAAGGAGGUGCAUGGUUAACCAGUACAUCUGAAUCAUGUUCUGUUGUAGCCGCACUUAUUGCAACAGUUGCUUUUGCUACUGCCUCAACAGUCCCCGGUGGAGUUCAGUCAAACACCGGUGCAUCGACCCUCGAAAAAGAACCAGCGUUCAACGUAUUUGCUAUAUCCUCGCUUGUCACUCUUUGCUUUUCUGUUACUUCUGUGAUUAUGUUUCUUUCCAUUCUCACUUCAAGAUAUCAAGAACAAGAUUUUGCUAGUGAUUUACCAAAGAAACUAAUAGUGGGUCUUUCUUCACUGUUUAUAUCUAUAGCUUCAAUGUUGGUAUCGUUCUGUGCUGGUCAUUUCUUUAUACUCAAAGAUAAGUUGAGAUAUGCAGCUUAUCCGUUGUAUGCAACAACUUGUUUGCCUGUUGCAUUUUUUGCUGCUGCACAAUUUCCUUUGUACUUUGAUCUUAUUAGAGCUACUUUUAGAAAGGUUCCUCAGCGGAGUUAUAAGGUGAAUGUUGCUAUCUGAUCAGAAGCACGGAGACAAGGGAGUGCGUAAUGAAUUGUGACCCUACCUAACUCUAGUUA